AUGGCUUCCGCAAACCUCAACUUCAUCACCUUCAACCAGGAUCACAGCUGCCUGGCUGUCGGCACCUCUAAAGGCUUCCGAAUCUAUCAUACAGACCCCUUCUCCAAGAUCUUCAGCAGCGACGACGGCAAUGUCUCCAUCAUCGAAAUGCUCUUCUCCACCUCCCUCGUCGCUCUGGUCCUGUCUCCGCGACAUCUUAUCAUCCAGAACACCAAGAGGGCUUCCGUGAUAUGCGAACUUACCUUCCGCUCUGCCGUUCUUGCCGUGCGUCUGAACCGCCGACGCCUGGCCGUCAUCCUCGAGGAGGAGAUCUACCUGUACGACAUCGCCAACAUGACCUUGCUCUACGUCAUCACAACCUCUCCGAACCCGACCGCCAUUUGCGCGCUCUCGCCCUCGUCUGAAAACUGCUACAUCGCCUAUCCCUUGCCGAAACCCAGGGAAGACACGGGCGAGAGGCGCCCAGCCCACGCGCCUCCCCUUUCCACCUACGUGCCUCCCACCUCCGGCGAGGUUUUGAUCUUUGACACGAUAACGCUCAAGGCCGUCAAUGUCAUUGAGGCUCACCGGUCCCCCCUCUCCUGCAUCGCCCUCAACAGCGACGGGACCUUGUUGGCCACCGCAUCCGAGACGGGCACCAUCAUCCGUGUUUUCUCGGUACCCCGUGGCCAGAAGCUGUACCAGUUCCGCCGUGGCACCUACCCGUCCACAAUCUACAGCAUGUCGUUCAAUUUGAGCUCUACCUUGCUCUGUGUCUCCUCGACAUCUGAUACUGUCCACAUAUUCCGGCUAUCCAGUCCAGGUCCGCAUGGCGGCGCUGGUGCAAGCGGAUCUACGAGCGCGGCAGAAGCUGCAGAACAGACGCCAUCGCCCCGCGCGGAUCGGUGGUCUCGGUCGCGGUCCCGCAGCUACGACAGUGGAAACGACUCUCCUGGCAGCGCGACAGGGUCGCCGCGCAGCGAUGCUGCUGAGCUUGCAGGUUCUCCUGCCAACAAUGGCGCGGGCGCGACCAGCAGCCCGGCAAACCGGCGGCAGAGUGGCUCAUUCAGUAGCAUGUUGCGGCGGUCUUCCCAGCUGAUGGGCCGUAGUGUGGCCGGUGUCGUUGGAUCAUAUCUCCCGCAGACUGUGACAGAGAUGUGGGAACCCCUGCGUGAUUUCGCUUACAUCAAGUUGCCCAAGGUGUCCUCGGCUACAUCCCCCAACAAGGCGCCGGCCAACACCGGGCCUGCGGGGCUGAUGUUUCCCAACGGGCCCUUGCGGAGUGUUGUGGCAAUGCAGCAGCAGCCCACAGGUCAUGGUUGUGACUAG